CCGGGGAGACCGGGGAGACCGGGGAGACCGGGGAGGCCGGGGGCCCAAAGGGCUCAGACCCCCGGGGAAGCAGGGCGCCCUGCGGGUGGGGUGACCCGGGCGCGGUACCGGCCGCCACCGCCCGCCCGGGUCGGGUUGCGGCCCGUGGGCCCCUCGCCGGACGCUCUUCCGCGGUCCCCGGGGCCGGGGCGGGGCCGGCGCUGUGUCCCGCGCUUCCUGCCACCUUGGGCCACCCCUCGCGCGCCGCUCUGCCCCGGGCCAUGGCGGCGGUGGCUCGGGGCCGGGGCCUCCCUCGGGCGUGGCUCUGCAGGAGGGCGGGGCCGGGUUGCGGCCGCCACUACCGCGCCGCGCUCUGCACAGAGCUGAAGCAGCCCCUGGCCAUCGAGGAGGUCGCCUCCCGCCCAGUCCGGCCUCACGAGGUCAGAGUUGAUGUCCAUUUCUGUGGAGUUAAUUUUGCUGAUAUUUUGGUCUGCCGUGGUCAGUAUCAGGAAAAGCCCCAACUUCCCUUCACACCUGGAAUGGAGUUUUCUGGGACUGUCCUGGAGACAGGCACAGAUGUCAGCACAGUGAAAGAGGGAGACCGAGUUAUUGGCGUGAGUGGCUUUAAUGGUAUGGCUGAAGAAUGCAUCAUUGACCCAAAGACACUGUGGCAGAUUCCAGAAAGGGUCCCCCUCCGAGAAGCUGCUACCUUGCCUGUAUCUUAUGGCACUGCUAUUUUGGCCUUGGAGCAUAGGGCAUGCACUCGGCCUGGAGAAACUGUUUUAGUGACGGCAGCAGCUGGGGCCACAGGCCUGGCGGUGGUAGAUGUGGCAACGAAUGUUCUUCAGGCUCAGGUGAUAGCUGCAGCCGGAAGUGACGAGAAGUGCAAGCUGGCGAUGCAGAAGGGCGCACAGUCCACUGUGAACUAUGGUCAGGGCGGCCUGAAGGAGGCAGUGAGGAAGCUCGUGGGCAGUGGGGGGGUGAGCGUGGCCAUUGACACUGUGGGAGGAGAUGUCUUCCUGGAGGCGCUCCGCAGCCUGGCAUGGGAGGGCAGGAUCGUGGUGGUGGGUUUUGCUGGAGGAACCAUUGCUUCUGUGCCGGCCAACCUUUUGCUCUUGAAGAAUGUCUCUGCCAUGGGGCUGUACUGGGGCCGAUACAAAGAGCAGAACUUUCCCGUCUUCUCCAGAACCCUGUCCUCGGCUCUUCAGUACUGCCAGCAAGGGCGCAUCCAGCCACACAUCGGAGCGGUUUUUAAGCUGGAGGAGGUCAAUGAUGCCUUCCUUCAUGUGAUACAGCGCAAAUCCACGGGCAAGGUGGGUUGACCUUCACCCUGUGCUUCCUGAUCCUGGCCUCAUUAGGAAGCAGUGUUUCCCAACUCAGAAAUGAAGGAGAGCACUGAGGGCAGGGACAAUCCCUUGUCCUCAAGGGAGGUGGAGAGAAUGCAGAUCUUUCUUCUUUCACCCUCUUUUCCUCCCUGUGAAGGUGGAGAAAUAAAGACGACCACUGCAGUUCACUAUGCCGGAAAGCCGAUGGAGAUCUGGAGGGAGAGACUGUGUCUUGCCUGGAGGGUCCUCUGAAUCUCCUGUGUACCCUAAGGAAUCCGACUUUGGCAGAGGAGAUCCAGGAACAGCAGGAAGAGAGAAUUGAUAACAAAUAACUUCUUAUUUCCACCAUAGCAAAUAUGAACUGCUUUGCCUGGCUUCCAAGCACUCCACCCACCGUACCAUCUCCCCUGACCUCAUUUCCCAUGGGGUAGAAUGGAAGGAAAAUGGCCCAGAAGCCAAGACAGCCCUCGAUUUGAAUGUUGGCCUCAGCACUCAUUAGCUGUGUGAGUUCAGCUUCGAGUCCAUAAAAUGGUGGUAAUAGUAACCCCCUUAUCCUUGAGUUGCAGUGAGGUCAGAUGAGGUUAUAUUUGUGAAGCACUUAGCAUAGUGCCUGGCACAUCAUAGGCCCUAAAUAAAUGUCAGCCUUUGUCACGACCCAUCAGUACCCUCUAUUCUAAGGAGAUGGACUGCUAGAUAAUGAGCUCCGUGAGUGCGGGGACCAAGAUGUGCUUUGCUCACUAUGUGUCUGUGGUGUACAUACACAGAGCCUAAAGAAAUGAAUUUCUCUGCACCAAGCCCCUCUCAUUCCUUUUCUGUGCAAGUUAUAUCCAUUCAAGGCCCCGCUGAAGGCUCAUUUCCUCCGGGAAAGCAGCUCAUAUUGAUCUUGCUCGCUUAGGAACUCCCGUAGCACUCAAUUCAGCCCUUAGAGAGACAUGGAUUUGCAUAGUUGUCUUUUUGCAUCGUAUAUGUUAGUCUUAGCCUUCAACGACGUUCAGCAUUUAGUGAACAUUUGCUAUGAUCAGGGCCUUGGUUUACAGAUGCAACCAGGGAGAAGUUCCUUCGUCUCAGGACCUUUAUCUGAGGACAAUUUCCCCCUACAUGGGACCCAGUGGAGCAAAGUGCCCAUCUUGCUGUUCUUACGUGCUGCUUUGGACACGUGACACAGUGGGAUGCUUUGCAGGAACUUCUCCCUUUGAGGUCCUGGGAGACAUAUGUUCUGGCACUUACUGCGUCUUCAUUCCUGGUAUCUUUCCUGAUGGGAAAGCUGUGCAGGGGGUUUGUAUUAUGGCUCAUUUGUCUCAAAAGACAGAAAGCAAUACUCAGAAUACUUUUUCUUCAUAAGAGCAUCAUUCCCAUGUCAAAUGGUGUCAUUCUCACAUUACCCAGGGCAAUUGCUUAAAAGAUUCCUCUUCCUUUCCUUUUGUUCUGAAACAUGCAAAACACCAGUGGUAGAAGCUGGACGAGGCCCACCUGACUCUCUUUCUCCAUUACUUUCUGAGGAAAGAAUCAAGGGCAAUGUCUUUUUUGAAGGCAGGUCUGGGGAAGUGGUACCAGCACCUGCAUGUCUCCUGCCUUUGGUUUCUGCUCCUGUCUCAGGCUUACUUUCUGAUGUGGAUUCCAGGCCACCUUUCUCGGUUCUGAUGAAGCCGGGAACCACUGUGACCCACCGGGGACCCUUCCCUGCAGCUUGCAAGUCAGGGUCAAUCACCUAGCUAUUCCCAUUGAACAAUUCCCUUUUCACUUCAGCUUGUAAAAUUUCUGAUAUAUAUAUGUAUAUAUAUAUAUAUAUACACACAUAUAUAUAUAUUUUCAUUUUUAUCCUCUCCUUUUCUUUAAAGGUUAUUUUAAAGUUAAAAAUAACCAUAAGGAGACCUUGUGAUCCUCUUCUCACUGACCCAGAUAUUUUAAGAGUUUAAGACAGCAGCUCCACAUCUGGGGAUACAGGCUGGCUCUCGGGAGCCAAUUAGCUAAAUGUGAUAAUAAAAUAUUAAUCCUAUUUCCCACACAUAAAACACUCCUUGUUUUUCCCUUGCCGAUCCAAACCCUACUCACCCUUCAAUGCAUUGUACAAAAAGCCAUGGACUUGAGGCUAAAAAACUUGGGCUUGGUCCCUAACUUGGAAACCUGCAAGCUGUCUGACCUUGGGCAAGUCACUUUAUGUGUGUGGACAUUGGUUUCUUCCCCUGGAAAACCGGGAUGCUAAUUGUCUCACAGAGUUAAGGUUGAAGGCUUUGGGUCCAGCCUAGUGCCUGGGGUCCCCAAAACAGAUUCUAAGGAAAUACUUAUCAAACUCCAGGAAGCCCGAUUUGAGUAAUCCUGGGAUCAUUAAUCUCUCCUAUUUGGGGAUUUCUGUAUUACUGAGUCUGUCUACACCAUGAAUUUAACAGUUAACUAGAUCUUUUUUUUUUUUUUAACAUUUUAUUUAUUUAUUUGAGAGAGAGAGAGAAUGAGAGAGAGAGA